AUGCAGGAAAUGAAGGACGACAUGGCGACCAAAAACCCUAAAGAGACGAAUCUGUUGGAUCAUCACUCCAUCAAACGCGUUCUCGACGAGUCUGUCACUGAGAUUGCUGCGAGUCGUGGAUACGUUAAAGAUGCGAGGGUGAGUAAUGUGAGAUUGUUAAUGGGGACGAUAAUCAUCAUCAUCGCUCUCGUGGCUCAAUUUUACCAAAAGAAGUUCCCCGAAAACAGAAACUUUCUCAUAGGUUGCAUCAUAUUAUAUCCUACUCGACUCAUAAUUUCUGUUUUGAUCUUUGGUUUAAUUUCUAUUAUCCUCUAUUUUAUAGCAAUGUAUUUGAUCUUUGACUCUGGCAAGUAUAUUGUAUUCAAUGGAUUAUUGCAGCUGAUCAUUUACACCAAGGGAAAGAAUGCGAUUUUGUUUACCUAUCCCCCUGCUGUAAGUUAUUCUGUUCCUUUUAACUGGUUCAAUUCUUCAUUGAUCAGCUGUGAAUUUUUUCUACAGGAAUCUUUCGACGGCACUGGAUUGAUGGUCUCUUCCAAGUUGCCUAGAUGCUGUGACAUGUACACGCUUACCAUAACAAGUGCAGAUCCCAAAUCAAUAUCUACAAAGGAACCAGUAGAAUUCACCAAAAGCGUCACUAAAUGGUUCACCAAGGAUGGAGUUUUGGUGGAGGGCCUGUUCUGGAAAGAUGUUGCUGGACUAAUAAAUGAUUAUGCAAGAGAAUAUAAAAAGAGCUAAUGAAUUUCAAGCUGCAGCUGGGCAUUACCCAGUGGUGGUAGAGCGCCCAGCUCCGAGCUGGUGUGCCCGUAUUUAAGUACCCUUCCCCCUAGUUUGCCAGCUGGAUAUAAAAAUUUUCAAGCUGUACCUUCCUUUGAUAGAUCCUACUUUGAAAAGGGGGCAAAAAAAAAAAAAAGACACUAUUUUAGGAAGAACAUAUCUUAUGCAUUGAAUAUGGUUCUUGCUUGCUAGAUUUGAACCAAAACUAUGGAAUCAAAUUUUGGGAGAAAUUUAGAGCAAAAGUAAGACGUCAAAUGCCUCAACUGUUCUGGAUGGUGAAAAUUUUGGACUAUUUGGUUUUUUUGAUCUCACAUUUCAGUGGUGAAUGUUUACAGUGCCUAUUGUCACCAUCUUAUUAUUGGUUCUUUUAUGUUUAAUUUAGAUAAAUGAAUAGGUU